GGUUAUCCAUACGGGUGGGGUCGCGAGCCGGUUCGAGUAUAUAAGCCGGAUCCGUAGAACUCUUCUGCACAACGAAUCCGUCUUCUCAUCACUGCAGAUAAUCAAGUUCUACAGCUGACACACGACAAAUCGCAAACCACCAUGAACACAUUCGUAAAAUUGUUCGUCGUGCUGGCUGUGGCCGUAGCUCUGGCUAAAGGCGAAGAAGCCAAAAAAGAAACCAAAGUGGUCGAGAAACGAUCUGAUAAAUCCGAUCUGACACCAGCGGCCACUGGACGAUUCUUCUCGGGCGGUUACAACAGUUACCCGACCGGCUACAGCAGCGGAUACAACGGCGGUUACAACAGCGGUUACAACAGCUACCCGUCUAGCUACAGCGGAGGAUACAACAGUUACCCAUCGUACGGCGGCUACCCGUCCACAUACAACAGCGGAUACUCUUCCGGCUACGGAAGCGGCUACGGAAGCGGCUACGGAAGCGGCUACAACAGCGGCUACAGCAAGUACCCGAGCAGCGGUUACGGUAACAACUACUACGGUGGAUACGACCAGGGCUACAACAAAUACCCGUCUGCCUACUCGUACAGCAACAGCUACAACUACCCAGGAUCGUACAACUCCGGCUACGGUCACAACAGCUACUACGACAACGACAACUACGGCGCUCACGGUUACAGCGGUUACAACAAGGGCUACAGCUCUUACCCACAAUCCACUGGCUACGGUUACAACAAAUGGUAAUAGCCGUUUCCGAUCAUUUCUCAUACCGACUACGAUAACUUGAUGGAAUUUCACUUUUUUUUUUCUUACGAGUUUUUUUUCAUUACGAAAACAAAAUUCUAAGUGCAUUUCUUUUAAUGACAUGUAAAAAACCUUAUUCGUGUAUUUUUAUGUAAUAUGUAUAUAUAUACAUAAUAUAAAUAUUUUAAUUUAUUGUC